CAGUCUACUGCGAACAGUCGAUCAUGUCGCUUUGGUGGCUAACGCUCGGACUUCUGUUCGCUUUGGUGGCGCUGGUCUGCGUCUUGCUGCACCGCAGCUACAGCUACUGGGCACGCGAGGGGGUGUUGCACGAGAAACCCGUUUGGUUCUAUGGCAACCUACGCAGCGUGGGUCAGACGACGACGGUGCUGGAGCCGUUCCGCCGCUUCUACGAGAAGUACAAGGGUCAGGCGCCAUUCGGAGGCUUCUACUUCGCGCUGCGCGGCGCUGCAGUGCUGCUGGACUUGGAGCUGGUGAAGCUGGUGAUGGUGAAGGAGUUCCAGAACUUCUCACAUCGUGGCAACUACUAUAAUGCACAGGAUGAUCCCAUAUCGGCGCAUCUGUUCAAUUUGGAUGGCCAGGAGUGGCGCGAGAUGCGCAAUAAACUGACGCCCACAUUCACCUCGCUCAAGAUGCAUCAAAUGCUGCCCACGGUGGUUGAGAUCUCCGAGCGAUUUGUGCAGGUGGUGCGUGAGAAGGUGGAGGUCUUCGAGCACGCCGAAGAAUCACCCUUGGAGGUGAAGGAUCUGCUCGCUCGCUUCACCAUGGACAUCAUCGGCAGCUGCGCCUUUGGCCUGGACUGCAACAGCCUCAACGAUCCCAAUGUGGAGUUUUGCCGCCUGGGCCAAAAGGUGUUUACCCAGCGCCGUCACGGCCGGCUGGCCUUCGCCUUGCUGCAGACCUUUCCCAACCUGGCCAAGCGGCUACACAUCAAAAUGGUGCCCGACGAUGUGAGUAACUUCUAUAUGCGCGUCGUACGCGAGGCCGUGGACUAUCGGGAUAAGAACCAGGUGCAACGCAAGGACUUUCUCAAUCUGUUGAUGGAGCUGAGGAAUGAUCCUAACGGCGGCUUGACCUUCAAUCAGUUAGCGGCACAGGCGUUUGUUUUCUUCCUGGGUGGCUUUGAGACUAGCUCGAGCACAAUGGGAUUCUCCCUCCAUUUGCUUGCCACACAUCCCGGGGUGCAGGAGCGGGCCCGAGAGGAGGUGCAACAGGUGUUCGAAAAGCACAAGGAACUCAACUAUGAGGCGCUGCGCGAACUCAAGUAUAUCAAGCAAAUUGUUCAGGAAACUCUUCGCAAAUAUUCCAUUGCAUCCAUUUUGAUACGAAGAACUCUCGAGGACUUUCCCGUUCCCGGCUCAAAUUAUGUACUUAAGGCUGGCACGCCUGUGGUUAUACCGGUUGAUGCCAUACACCACGAUCCGGAUAUUUAUCCGGAACCAGAAAAAUUCGAUCCCGAUCGCUUCACACCCGAAGCCAUCGAGGCGCGUCACUCAGCCGCUUGGCUGGGCUUCGGCGCCGGGCCAAGAAACUGCAUUGGCCUGCGCUUCGGCGAGAUGCAGACAUUGGUGGGUCUGGCGGUGCUGCUGAAGAACUUCAAGUUCUCGCCAGCCAAGGAAACUGAAAUACCACUGCAACUGAAUAAGACGAGCUUCUUUCUGCAGUCACAGGGCGGCAUUGUGCUCAAUGUGCAGAAGGUCUGAAUGAUAUGUAAAUUAGUA